AUGGCGGACAGAGACAGCGGCAGCGAGCAGGGCGGCGGCGGCGGCGGGGGCGCGGUGGGCGCCGGGGGGCCGGGCUCGGGCGGCGGCGGCGGCGGCGGGGGCCCGGGCGGCGGCCUGCAGCAUGAGACGCAGGAGCUGGCCUCCAAGCGGGUGGACAUCCAGAACAAGCGCUUCUACCUGGACGUGAAGCAGAACGCCAAGGGCCGCUUCCUCAAGAUCGCUGAGGUGGGGGCGGGAGGCAACAAGAGCCGCCUGACCCUCUCCAUGUCGGUGGCCGUCGAGUUCCGCGACUACCUGGGCGACUUCAUCGAGCACUACGCCCAGCUGGGGCCCAGCCAGCCCCCCGAGCUGGCGCAGGCGGCCGACGAGCCCCGGCGGGCGCUCAAGAGCGAGUUCCUGGUGCGGGAGAACCGCAAGUACUACAUGGAUCUGAAGGAGAACCAGCGCGGGCGCUUCCUCCGCGUCCGCCAGACCGUCAACCGCGGCCCGGGGCUGGGCUCCACGCAGGGCCAGACCAUCGCCCUGCCGGCCCAGGGCCUCAUCGAGUUCCGCGACGCCCUGGCCAAGCUCAUCGACGACUACGGGGUGGAGGAGGAGCCGGCCGAGCUGCCCGAGGGCACCUCCUUGACUGUGGACAACAAGCGCUUCUUCUUCGACGUGGGUUCCAACAAGUACGGUGUCUUCAUGCGGGUGAGCGAGGUGAAGCCCACAUACCGCAACUCCAUCACCGUCCCCUACAAGGUCUGGGCCAAGUUCGGCCACACCUUCUGCAAGUACUCGGACGAGAUGAAGAAGAUCCAGGAGAAGCAGCGGGACAAGCGAGCCGCCGCCGCCGCCGCCCCCCCCGCGGGCGCCGGGGCCGAGCCGCCCCCCGAGGCCGAGGCCGCCGCCGCCGCUGCCGGGCCGCCCGGCGCCCUGCUGCAGGCCGAGGAGCCCGAGGAGGACUGACCGCCCGCCCCCCGGGACGAGGACUGGCCCCGCCGCCGGCGGGAGGGCGGGCGGGGGGCGGCGGGAGGGCGGGGGGGGGGCGGCGGCGAGAAGCCCUCCCCUCGGCCCGGAGCCCCCCCCGGCAGCGCCGCCCGCCCGGCGCCCCCCGCCCGCCGCCCGGCAGCAGCGCCUCCGACCCGCCACCCAUCGCUGGAUGUUCCUCCACUUUACCCACCGUAUCAAACAGUAAGCAGCUGCUAAAACAAAACAAAAACAAAAAAAAUUACAAAACAAAACACACAAAAAAAGAGUCAAAAAAAGUAAUAACAUUAUAUAUGAACUGUGUUUCCUACUUGAUUAAAAAUAUAAAGAACUGAGUGUUUAUUUCCCUAAUUAACCGAGAACUUUUGUACACGUUUAAGCUAUUAUUAUUAAAAGUGUUUGCAAAAAUGGUCAAGAUUAUAAUAUUGCUGAAUUAUAUAAAAAAAAGUCCUUUUCAUGUUGAGCUAACAUUUGACUUUAGCACAAAAAAAAAGAGAUAUUUUAGAACACGUAAAAUAAUAUUUUUAGUUUUUUCUUCUCAUUUUGUUACCAAAUUUCGAACCUUACAUGGAGGUUACUAUAGUAUAUUUGACACCCUAUAUACCUGUGAUUAGAGAUGUGUAUAUAUAUAUGAGGGCUAGGCAUGCUGUGUGUCUGAGCUUUGUCUAAAUGUUAUGCAGAAGUUUGUAGAGUUAAAAGGUACGUAGGUUUAAUUCAUGCAAGGUAAACAAUAAGUGCUCUCUUUUAUACAAUAUGCAUUGCAUCUGGACCUUAAACAUAUAAAAAUGGUCAGUGAAACUUCUGUGAACAUGAAGAAAAAUUAUUAAAAAAGGCAUUUAAAUGAAAUUUGCUAACUUGUGAUUUUUACGUUUGAACCAAAGUUAUUCAAAUAGUAAAAAAAAAAAAAAAAAGGAAAAGAAAAAAAGGCAAAAAAGAGAGAGAGAGAAAAAAAAAGGAAAGGAUUUCCUCCCGUACUAAUUUUUUUCUGCACCUGUUUGGUUUACAGCUGAGUAGGCCUAUUGUCAUUGCUGUGUAUAUGAGAUGUACUUGUAUUGUUCAUAAUAUAUAUUUUUUUUAUUCUGUGUACUUAAAAGUACUUAACCUGAUGUGCAGCGGUUUCCAGUCGACCUGUCUUUGGGCAGCAGGUAGCAAGUCUUUCUGUGUUGCCACUGGCACGAGCACUGUCUCUUAUCUCCUAAUGUGGUGUGAGGUCCGAACCCAUGCUGGGACCCCCCUGCCAGUGCCGUUAACUUCUGCAGGCUGGUGGAAAUCAGAGCGGUGCCAUCGCAGAGUAACCCCACUGAGCCACGGGGUUUUGAAAGUGGGAGCCAAGCCGGUGUGUGUCUGUAACGGAUUUCCAUGUAGCUCUGGUGCUAGUUAUUACUGGCUACAUACCUGGCGAGCCUUGACUGUGCCCUCCCCUCCCCUAUCCCAGCAGCUCCAUGCGUGCUUGCGGGCUCUGCUCGAAGCCUAGGGUAGGGAAAGGCAGAUGUGUCAGAACACUGAGCUGUCCAGGUGUGUUCUCCAAAUUGAAAUUGUUUGUAAUAAUAAUGAUGAUGAUAAUAAUAAUAGACUUCUACAGGUUGUUCUUUUUUGUUGUUUUUGUUUCUUUUUUUUUCUUUUAAAAAAGUCGGUGUGCUUAAUUGACUAACUUGCUGCUGUAUAGUAAAAUAGUAAUAUAUUUUUAUCAUUAAAGUGCUGCAUGACUAUCAUCGUUAUGAGUGAAGAGAAAAAUGUUAUAAAAAGAUGCCUUAAACAGUGAAAACAAAACUUUUUUUUCUUUCUUUUUCAUUUUCUUUUAUUUCCUUUUCUUGGCUGGAAUGCAGUAGACAGCGUUUCAGAGAAACUAGGAUCUUGGUCCAUUCAAAAGUUUUUUUGGGAUGCAGUCGUUUUUAAUGGUUUUGGACUCUGGUAGACCUGGCGGCUGCACUGCUUUACUGGUGGUCAAGGAUGGAGUGUUGGAAGGGUGGGGAGAAAAACAAAAAGAAAGAAGUUUGUUAUAAGGAAAUUUAUUUCCUGCUGUCUUUUAUUCCCAUUUGAAUUUAUAAUUCCCUUUCUCUUUUUCCUUUUGAGAUGUACUGUAAGUGUCCAAACAAGCUGUCUCCAUUGUACCCUGCAUUAUUUCCCUUGACAGAAGUUUUGCUGUUGGUGUUCACAGAAAGUUAACUAUAAGCUGCCGGUAGCGAGGUGUUUCUGUUUCUUUUAAACAAUCACUGGAAAUGUUUAAUAUUGCUUUAAUGUGCACUUUCCUCUUUCCCAGUAGUAAAAUAAGCUUUUGGAGUGCGUAAUGUGACAUUUGACAUGGUUCUCAAUUACAUGUAAACAUUUGUCUGAUAACCUGCUUUUGAAUCGGAGGCUCUGGAUGGGCAGUUCUAUCGGUUAUUGUAUUUCAACUGUGAUGUGUGCAGGACUGCAUUCUCCAUGCUGCUAGACGUAGUUAGGACAUGAAUUGCUUUGGUUUUGCUACUUGACUGAUUGAUUGUCUCGGUCUUGCUGUUCACUGCCCUCCCUAAAGUUGUUGCGCUGCAGACGGACACGGGCCGGUGCUCUUAGUUCCACGCCGCCGCGGUGUGUGCCCAGCAAUGAGUAGCGGGAGGCGAUGAGAGCGCAGCGAGUGUCCUCCUGUAGCUUCCUAUGGCCAACGAGGGGUCUUCUGACCCGUGCCGCCCGGAUCCUGCCCGGGAUCCGGCUGACUCGAGCAGCGCAGGGGACGCGUGGUUCCAGUCCAACCAGUCCCAUCAGUACAGCCCCUGACAGUUCUGUGAACAGUGUCUGAGAACUCGUGGUCAGUUUUUGUGUCGUUUUGGGUUUCUUCUGCGUGUUUCAUAGGGGUUUUUUUGUUACUUCUUUCAAUGCACAUUAUGUAUGUUCUAGGACUUGAUGAAUGAUGCUAAUUGAAAGACAAAAUGACUGUAAAGGUUUGUGGGAUUUCGCUCCUGGUUUUCGUUUUGGUUUGAUUUUUUUUCGUAUUUUUAUUUGUUUUUCCCAGAGGUGCUCGGUACUUUACCAAGGCUCUGAUAUAUCAGUAUUUAAAACAAAGUACAGAAAACCCUGUUUAAUGUUAGAAGAAGAAAGGUAUAUUUGAUCAUAUGUGUUGUUUUAAAAUAAGACAGUAUGCUCAAAUGUGCCAAGAUACCUAAUUCCUGAGAAGUAUGCCUUAUAUUUUCCUUGCUGAUAUGCUUUUAAAUGUCUUGUAGAAUAGGUCCAAGAGCAUGAUAAAAACUACUUUAUAAUGACUACGUGCAAGAAAACUUGAAAUUCAUUGCAAUACUGACAUUAUUUUAUUUUAUUUUUUUAAGUUAAAAGGACACUGUCAAGUAAUUUACAGUUGAAAUACAACCACCCUGUAAGUGGUUUUGUGCUAAUGGAGAAAUGUCCUCCGAAUUUAAAGUAUUUUUUGGUUGUUGUUAAAAAAAAUAAAAAACAAAAAAAAAAGAGGAAAAUUGCUCUGUCUCUGAGAACUGAAAUAAUAAAGAACCAAAAUGAGCUCCUGUUGGUUCCUGCUUCUUCAUCAUGCUCCCUCUUGGGACCCAUCCUGGUGCUGGGGCCAGGGGUCUCAUGCCCAUGGUCAGCAGCUCAGCAGUGGGGUAACAGGCAGGAUGCUGGGCUUCCAGCAUGGUGUAUCCCUAACAGACAGGAGAGCUUCUUUGGAAAAUUCUAAUUGAUAAAAACAGGAAAACGGGAAAAAGAAAAAAAAAAGACAAAAUAAAUACUUGACAGUGUCACUUUCUUGCGUAUCCCUCGCAGGGGUUGAAAUGUGCUCGGUGGGAACGCGGUUCGCAACCUGCCAUGGGACCGUGGUGAGGUGCAGAGGGGCUGCCCUUGUGGGCAGGAUGCGAGGCAGAGGUGGUCCUGUGCAGCAGGGAGAGAGCGGCCGGUGACUUGAACCCCUGCCCAGAGCCGACUGGUAUCUUCUUUUAUUUGGGGGGGGAGCAAUUACUUUGUUGCCUUUACAAAUAGCACUGUAACCACCUUUUUUUAUGAUUAGCUGUAGUAUAACCUUUGUCCCUUCAAACUAUGCAAGCUAUGAAAUGUAAAUUAGGGAUCAGUUAAAGAUAGUUGAUUAUAUUCAAUCAGAUGACAUUCAUGCACUAACUGGAGUAUAUACAGAUAAAGCUAUUAGAGUGACUUGUAUGCUAACAGCAAGAUAUACCUACCUAUUCUAAAAAGAAAAAUUAUUAUUAAUAUUGUAUAACAGGACUGUGGGGGUUGGGAGGGGAUGUUAUCUCUUACCUUCUUAAAGGGGGAUUUAAGAUUUUUAUAACUGUUUUUUCCAUCAAACUUUAAUAUUUUUGUCAAAUUUUUAGGUAUUUAAUUUGUAAAAUAGAUUUUACUUUGUACUGGCGUACAGAAAACAGGGGUUGAUUUAAACUUUUUUGAAGCCAAGUGAUCAACUACAUUUGUAAUAAAAAGUCAAUGGAUCUAUA